UAUGCCAAUGGUGGUAGUCUCCGAGAUCAUUUACAGAGCAAACAAAAAGAUGGUUUUUAUAAAAUUUUAUGGAUCGAUCUUAUCCGAAUUGCGAAAGAAAUUACAUCUGGAUUAGCCCAUCUACAUGACAAAAAUAUAGUUCAUCGAGACCUGCACUCUAUGAACAUAUUAAUAAAUAAUAACGUGGCACUGAUCACUGACUUUGGAAUAUCAAAACAUUUAGAUGGUAUUACUAAUGGUGCCGCUUCAAGCAGAGCUAUACUUGCAUACGUAGAACCACAACAAUGUGCCCAAUCCGAAGAAAAAGUAGACGAAAUCAAUAAAAAAUCGGAUAUUUAUAGUCUAGGCGUACUAUUCUGGGAACUUACAAGUGGAGUCCCACCUUUUCAUAAUUUACACAGUGAAAAUAUUGCUUUCAAAAUUGCUUCAGGUGUCAGAGAAAAUAUUAUUGACAAUACACCCUUAGGUUAUGCUAAACUUAUCGAAAGCUGUUGGUCAGCUGAUCCGAAUCAACGCCCAUUUUUGAACAAAGUAUUAGAUGAACUCAAUAGAUUAUCGACAGAAACUACUGUAGAGUUUAUUAUAAAUCGCAUUAAUAGUAGUAAUAAAAAUAUUCUUGCCAAUUCUAACAUUUCAGUAGAUGAGGUCUUUUCAAAGAAUAUGCCGACAUCGACAAUUUCAGAGUUUAGCGAGCGUCGUAAUAUUGGGAAAGCCGGUAAAAAAUGUAAUUAA